GUUUUAUCUAAUCUUUCUAAUGUCUCCUAAAAAAUCAAAAAUAAGGAAGUUUAUUCAGUCUGAUUUGGUUACCAAUCCAAUCGAUAAUCUGUGAUUUGAUGUGAAGUUCGUUUCCGGUACGAGCAAUAUAAGCAGGGCUUAGUUAACCAGAUAAAAUGGGACGAAACCGGAAAGCACAGCGAGCAGCUCUUGAACGCGAGCAAAGAAAACGCGCAUUGGCUGUACAACGACAAUCUAAAGAUUAUAAAGCUUUGUUAACUUCAGAUUGUUCGAAGGAAGUCGACCAAGGAGCUAAGGAAGACAAUUCGCCAAACGACAUCAAUCACGGAGUAGCGAAGGAAGAGAAUGUUCCGUUGUGUGAAGUCAAAAUUGAGGCAGAAUGCGACGAAAGCCAGAUACAGCAUGACCCAAUAUCCAUCGUCAGUGUCGAGCCCGACAUUAAACUGGAGAACGAUUGCUGUAACGAAGAAAUGACAAUCGAUGAUGGAUUAAAAUGCGACCAGCCGCCGAUACAAUCGGCCAGUUUUCAACAGAUAAUACCCAUCAUAGAACGAUGCAAAUUUUGUUUACGAAUACUGGACGAAACAAUCAAAAUGCUGUUCAGACCUGGUAAGCUUCAUUGGAAAAAGAUAGAAUUUGCUCUAUCGAUUAGUCUGACGGUUGAACCGCUAUGCUGCGUAAGCUGCUGGCAGAUGAUAGAUUUGUUCGAUGGUUUCAAACGUUCUUGUCAAAUGGCAUUUUAUAAACCGGAAGAACUUCUUCGGUCUAGACAAAACGGAUUGUGCAGCGAGCCGGCGACGAACCAGGUGCCAGCUUUCGUUAAAAUCUCAGCACCAGUUGAUUCCCGUCCAGUGAAAACUUCAACCAAUCAAGAUAAACACUCAGCGUGGACAUCGUGGAUGGCUAACAUACCCGUGAAGCAAGAUAAGAAAAAAACUGAGAAAGUGAAGUUCUUAAGCUGUAAACAAUGCUCUAAACAAUUUGCUGGGUUCGCAAGCUUUAUUGCUCAUAAGACAACAUGCCGUGGAUAUCCCUGUCAUAUAUGUUCAACAGUGCUGGAUACGAGACAAAGGCUUAGAAUGCAUUACGAACAGGAUCAUUCAGAUCCAUUUCCGUUCAAAUGUCAAAAAGAAGGAUGUGACUGCGAAUUUUCGCUCCAAGAAGCGUUAUUGACUCAUGAACAAUUGUGUGAACUGGAUACCUUCGAUCCGAUCGACUGCACGAUAUGUGGUUUCACAAUGACGAGCAUCGGCUCUGUCCGCGAGCACGAAGACAUCCACGUGCAAGCACGUUUCGUAUGUAGAGCGUGCAAAGCAAAGUUUCUCGAUCGAAAUAAGCUUAAAAUCCACUGGAAGAAGCACAUUCAGAAAGCCACUGAAACUGCUGGACUGGAAUCGGAGAACGAAGCGGAUAAUGCUAUGGCAAGCGAUGACACAGACACACCGAGCUAUUUCUGUCCAAGAAAAAGCUGUAGAUUGGUAUUUAGAAGUAAUACCGACCUGGAUAUACACGUCCAACAUUGUGGACAAAAAUCCGGCUUUAUAUGUUCUGUUUGCGGUGCUGUGCUAAUGACUCCUUACACACUUAGAAUGCACAUGGCCAACCACGAAGAACCGAAGGUUGAGUGUGAAACCUGCGGCAAAAAGUUUCAUACGGAACCUCAGCUAAGGAAGCACAUGGGCGUACACUCAAAUGAGCGGAAGUUCCAGUGCAAGGUGUGCAAGAAACGGUUCAAAUCUCGUGAAGCCAACCGAGUGCACCAGCGGAUCCACACCAACGAAAAGCCGUACGCGUGUCACAUUUGCGAUCAGCGGUUCACCUACAAUUGUCUGCUGAAGACGCAUCUCGAGAAAGGCCACGGUGAGCGAGAACUUGGCAGUAAACAGAAAAAUAUUCCGACGGAUUCACCAGUUCAGCAGCACGAGGCGGUAAGUUUGGACAGUACUCAGGUGUUUAAUAUAUAUGGUCAUUUGUUGUAAAAGCUCCGAAAGAUAUUACUUGGCAGAAUUACGAUGACUUAACGUGUGGAACUUUUUAUAAUUGUUCUAAACUUUUAAUAUUUCUCGCUAAAUCGUCGUAUAUGCUUUUCUUAGUUAAUAAACAAUUUUCAUUCCAUUGAAUGAAUAAAUC